UUUCAUCGCCUUGCGCUGUCGCAGUCUCACGCGCUAUUCUAGCAGCAAUCUUUAUUUUUUUUCCUUCGCGAGGAGAUUUGAUUUGAUCCGCUACUCCAAGGUUUUGGCCACCGCUCAGCGUCGAUUCAGCCAUGCGGCCUCCCCCGCUGAAGAUCGCUGGUGGCAGCGAUGACUCUUCGUCCAGCUCCAGAGAUCCAAGGAAUUCCAAGAACAAGGCUGUGUCCUCGCCCAGGCGCUCCAAGCCGCCACUGCCAGGGGCUCGUCGCGGGCCGGUUAUAAUUCACACAUACUCGCCCAAGGUGAUCCAGACGAGCACGCAGGAUUUCAUGGAGCUUGUCCAGCGCCUGACGGGUUCCUCCGACACGCGCCUUCGCUGCAAGAAGACCAUCUCCACGAAAUCUACCAAGGUAUCCUCCUCCUUCUCUUCCUCCUCCUCCAAGAAGUUUAAAUCCAGGCUCGCGCAUUCCAACGCCAGUGAUGAUCACCCAGGUGGUGUGUACAAGCCCACCAGGCCGAAUCUGCCAGAAGAGAUGGAUGACGGUCCCCAUGAUGAUGAUCACUCCUCCUCUCAAGGAUUGGCUGUGACGGACGAUCUUAGUCUAGGAUCCUUCAAAAGCCCUCUCCUCGCUAGCCAUAGCAGCGACGAGCACAUCAAUUUGUCAGUAGGCACGGGGGAUUCGAUGAACGCGAGUCUAGCAGCAGCCACUCCGGCGGGCGGAUCACUGGGAUGGUCGUCGCCAAUCCCCACGCCAAACUUUCUCCUGCAGCACGACCUGUUCAAGGAUUUGCCGCUCUUGUCGCCAGUCUUCUCGCCUGCAUGGCCACACCAGGUCGGCCGCUACGCUAGCUCCUAGCUCGCUACGUGCUGGGUUCCGUCUCGAGAAAUUUGUCUGUAUAAAUUGAAAUCAAGGAAAAUUUUCGUAGUCGAUUGUUCGGGAAAGAAACGAAACGGAGAAAAAGGAAGCAGAGAAAUGUAAACAAAAUAGAAGCAUGUUUGAAAAGGACUGUACAACUACAUGUUCAUCCGGCUAAAAUAUAAAAAUAAAAAUAAAAAUAAUGGAGUUUUUGUUUCU